AUGUCUGGGUGUAAACGUUCCAUUCUUGUUGUUUUAUUAUUCAGUGCUUUAUCUAUAUGUAUUUAUUUCAAAUACGAAUUAUAUAGCACCGUUUAUCUAGAAUUUUUUAUACCAUUAUUCACAUCGUUUGGUGAUUCUUACGUUCAAGAUAUUACCAAAACUCGAAAACCAUUACAUAUUCCACGUGUUGUUGUAUCACUGUCAUCAUUCGGAUCGCGUGUAUUAAAUGUUGAAAAAGAUCCAGAUUCACUUAUCAUUACCAUUGAUGACGAUUGUACAUAUCAUCGUUCAAUGUUCGCUUAUCUUAUCGGCACUGUACUCAAUUUACCAUCAAAUUUAACUGCGGCAUUUCUAUGCGAAACAUAUAAUCCUCAAAGUAAAAUUUGGACUUGGCGAUCGACACGUGGAAAAUGUUAUGGUCUUUUAGCAGCAUUCAGCGGUGUAAUUUACCGUCGUCAAGAUAUAGACGAUACAAUCUUUGAUUAUACGGACGCACCGAGUUCAUGUUAUCUUCAUGACGAUGUUUAUAUAUCUGGACACUUGUAUCGAAAACAUAUUCGUUCUUACACGAUUGGUAGAGGUACGGGUUUGCUUGAUUUUGGCAUACCGUGGUCAAUGAAAUAUAAUGCUAGACGACCAAAUAUGACUAUUGGUGGACUGGAAAAUAUGAAAGAACUUAAACAUGAUUGUAUCAGAUAUUUCAAUUAUUUUAGAUAA